AGGAACGCUGGGACUGGUGUAUUGCUGUGCAAGGUGACUAUUUCGAAGGAAAUGAUGUUAAGACUUAGAGACUUCCAGCAUUUUAACACAGUGUUACCAUGAACGUGAAAAAAGUUUAUCCAGCUUCAUAUCGGAACCCGAAAUGUUCUCGUUGUAAAAAUCAUGGCUCUGAUGCCAAGAUGAAGGGCCACAAAGGUUUCUGCCCCUACAUCUCAUGUGAUUGCAUAAAAUGCAUCUUGGUAGAGGAACGGCGCCGAAUCAGCAGACAACAGAAUCUGCUCCGAAGAUAUCCUGACAUCAACGUCAAGGAUAUUUUCAAAGGUUGCAUAAGAUGCGAAAAAUUCUGCCAACAGGUGACUGAUUAUUCUAACUGCGUCACUGCAGAUUCUUUCAUGCCAUCACCAAACGCCUACCCCGUUGUCCAACAGAUCAACGGGAAUCAAUCGAUGCCAAGCGUUAACCUGCAGAUGCCUUCCACCCAGCCACCACCCAGUCAUAUCUAUUCUUCUUCGCCUCAGCCAGACUUUGCCUACUACACCCCAAAGACACCCUUUGCCAUUUUCAACUACCCUGCCGCCACUUCCAGCAAGAUGUCUGACGUACACAGCAGCAAUAGUAACAUUAGUAGUAGUAGUAGUAGCAGCAGCAGUAAUAGUAGUAGUAGUCCUACCACUACUACUACCACCACCACCGCUACUACUACUUCUGCCAGUAACACUAUGUAUUAUACUCCAGUGCAGGUGGCCACGGAUGGCAUGGCAAGUUCAGAGUUCAGUCCUUCGUAUAUUUACCCAGGUAAUGGCUGCCAAUUGGCACGACCACCUCAAAAUCUUGGAUUUGGUAAUUACAACCGACCUUCGUUAUUCUGGAACACUUUUAAUUAUCCCGUUAAUUCCUGGCUGCAGAAGUUCUGUGACAACUCCGUGCCUUCCAAUGCGGACAAUACCUUGAAAUCCUGCAAGUUUGCAGCUGACACGACGAAAUAAGAAACAUGUUCUAGAGAUACGUGUGUGUGUGACGAACUACUGUUUAAUUUCUUUCAUUUGUCUACCAUAUCAUUCAUUACUCUACAGAAUGUGUGUGUGUGGGGGGUGCUCUCCUACUUUCUUUGGUAUCCCCCACCCUUUCCCCAACUAACAUCAUUGCUCAAAUCCCUCCCACCCCCUUAUCUUCCCUCCUCCCUAAAUCUACCCUUUGACCUUCCCUGGUCUUUCCUGGUGUCGA